AAAAAACCUAAAGAGAGGGCUUAACCAAAGUUGGGUUAAGAUGAUCAGAGGAACCCAGCACAUGAGUUUAUGACCGUUUGUAAAGCCACACAUGUACACCUAGUACUACGUUACAGUCAAUAAGAGGACAAACGCAGGCUUGCUCGGUUUCCUAUGAUACACUUUCCCCUAAAUCAUCCCCCCAUUCUUCCAUUAUAAUAAUCUUUGCUUACAUCUUCCCUUGUUCUCAUAUAUAAAACCCCUUCUUUUGAUUUAGACAUUCACUACUUCCACCCACCGUCUUCCUCUCUCUCUCUCUCUCUGCUUUUGUUGUCUAGAAAGCUCCAUUUCCCAUAUCAUCACACUUUCCCCUUUUCCCUUUUCCCCUCAAAACUCUGGUUCAGCUUCUUCUAACCUAGCUGAAGCAGCUCUCUCCCUUUUCUGUUUUUUGUUUAUUCUUUGCAGUGAAACAGCUGAUUUUAUUUACAUCUUGUUGUUGCAAUAAUCAUGGCUGCUGUUAUUGCCGCUUUGGUGGUUUUCUUUGCCUUGACUGGUUAUUCAAGUGCUGAUUAUUGCUUGUGUAAAGAUGGACUGUCCACUGAUGCAAUGCAGACGAACAUAGAUUAUGCCUGUGGAAAUGGAGCUAACUGUAAUCCGAUACUUCAAAACGGUCCAUGCUUCAAUCCUAACACUGUGAAAGAUCACUGUAACUGGGCUGUGAAUAGCUAUUUUCAGGCUAAAAGAUCACUUGGUGCUACCUGCAGUUUCCAAGGCACAGCUCAGCUGUCUAACGCGCCACCUCCAACCGCCUCUUCCGGUUGUUCUUAUCCCUCUAGUGCUGGCUCUGCUGGCGGCACCCCAUCAACAAACAAUCCAACUACCAGUCCCCCGGGCUCAACCGGCACACCGAUUCUGACCCCAGGUUCUCCAGGAGGUUCUACAGGCACAACAGGCUCAACUACAGGCAGUCCUAAUUUCGGAGGAGGGCUCGCACCAAAUGGAGGCGGUGGCAUAACAAAUCCAGACGGAGGCAGUGCAGCCCUUCAUAACAACCUGCUGGCAUCUGCAGCUGCCACCAUUUUGGCCACAGGCUUGAUAUUUCUGAGGGUAUAAGUUUUGCAGCUAAAAUAAAAGAUCUUGAGGAGGGUUCUCUAGAGGAGGGAUGGUUUGGUUAUUGGGAAUCUGAUGUGAGGAUGAUAUUUUGCCACCAGAAUAUUGAAACUGGAUUGCUGUCCAGUGAAUUCUGCUAGUUGUGGUGUUCUGGUGGGAAUCAUCUUCACUAGGACUUCUGUCUUUUGUUUUAUUCCACUUUAUUAUUUUUUUUUUUAUUUUUUGGUUUUUAGUCAUAAAAGUUCUGGGAACUUGAUUCCCAACUUUUGUUGUAGGGUGUAAAUGUGGCGUACUAAUGGGGUGAUGGUAGAUUGUAGAAUCUCUGAUCUGAUCUCUUAUUUUAGACUUUUUGUAUAUCUAGAGAGAGAGGACAGUAUUUUUUAUUUUAGUGUAACCAGUUGCUAGCCCCAGCCACGUUAUAUGUUUAAGAAGAAAAUUCCCGAAAAAAGAAAUAGAGACGCUUGUAUUUCUGUUCUUUUGAUUCUGUUUCCUCUGUUCUCAUUUUUGUUUCAUCUUCCUCUUCC